AGUUGCCCCGCGCCGCCCUCCCGUCAGCCCCCGCGCGGCGCAGAGGGACGCAGCCAACAUGGCGGACAUGGGCCGCGUGCCGCACGUGGUGGCCGAUACCGGCGCGUUCCUGAGCGGUGCCGCGCUGCAGGACGUGGCGCGCAGCGUGUACACCGUGCCCGAGGUGCUGGCCGAGAUCCGGGACCGGCGGGCGCGGCGCCGCCUGGCAGCGCUGCCCUACGAACUGCAGCUCCGCCGACCGAGGGCUGAGUAUGUGCGGAACGUCACCGAGUUCGCCAAGCGCACCGGGGACUUCCCCAGCCUGUCGGCCGCCGACCUGCAGGUGCUGGCGCUCACCUGCCAGAUGCAGGACGAGAUCACAGGGCCGGGCAGCGUCCGCCUGCAGCCCCCGGACAAGGUGCAGCUCAGCUCCAGCCCGUGUCACCCCGAGGCCACGCUGCACAUCGCCGGCUUCCACCUGCCCACCAAGCACAAACGCCCGCGGAAGAGCCAGCAGCAGCACGGCCACGACAGCAGCACGGAGCUGCCUGACAGUGCUGAGUUCAGCUCCUUCCUCUACUGGAGGCUGCCCCUGCCCGACAUCGAGGACGAGCUCCAGGAGAUGCUGAAAACACACAGCACCUCCAGCAGCCCGGCAGCCACCGACGAGUGUCAGAGCUCAGAGGAUGGGGAUGGUGCCGAGGAGGAAGAGGAUGAGGAUGAAGGGAGCGAUGAUGACGAGGGCUGGAUAACGCCAAGCAACCUCAAGCAGGUCCAGCAGGACACGGGGCACUGCGACACCGUGCCUGCCAACGUGCAGGUCGGCUGUGUCACCACAGACUUCUCCAUGCAGAACGUGCUGCUGCAGAUGGGUCUCCAUGUGCUGGCAGUGAAUGGCAUGCUGAUCCGCCAGGCCCGGAGCCACAUCCUGCGCUGCCACGGCUGCUUCAGGACAACUUCGGACAUGACCAAGGUCUUCUGCCCUCACUGCGGUAACAAGACGCUGAAGAAAGUUGCAGUGAGUGUCAGUGAGGAUGGCAGCCUCCACAUGCACUUCUCCCGCAACCCCAAGGUGCUGAACCCGCGGGGACUCAGGUACCCGCUGCCAGCACCGCAGGGAGGGAAGCACGCCAACAACCCGCACCUGGUGGAGGACCAGCCCUUCCCACAGCAGCGACUGUCCCGCAAGGCCAGGCAGAAGACCAACGUCUUCGACCCCGACUACAUCGCAGGGGUCUCACCCUUUGCAGAAAAUGACAUCUACAGUCGUGCAGCCAACCUGCAAAUCCGGGACAUGGCACUGGGCGCUGGCAGGAGGCGCCUGAACCCCAAUGCUGUGACAAAGAAGUUUGUGAAGAGGAGAUGAAAGGCAGUUCAGGGCCAUCAGUAGCAUGGCUGUGAUGGAAAGGGAAAGGUGGGCUGCCUGGGUGCUGCAUGGCACCUGGUGACUGCAGGAGGGUGAGAAGCUGUGCUGGCACCCAGCCUUUCCUUCUGGACUUCUUCAGGUGUCUGCGGGGCAGGCAGCAGCUCUGGGUGUGUGAAGCACUGACCCCGACUGCCUGCCAGACCCAGCACAUGUGGAAGGUGCUGGCUACGCUCCUAGCGAGGUGUUGGCACCGUGUUGAACGACAGCAUUGUGAAUAAACACGAAAUGCUACACCA